AGGCCAGCAGCGCGUUCACGGGCGACUCGGGCAGCGAGGAGGAGGAGGAGACUUUCUCCCCCGCGCGCACGGCCAGCUUCGCCAACAGCGGCGAGGCUUCGAGGCACGUCGGGCCGAGCCAGGCGGCGCGGGCCAACUUCGAGCUGCUGAGAAGCCUGGCCGUGGCCGCGGAGGCCAAGGCUAGCUUCGAGUCCCGUCUCGAGCUGGAUGAGGAGGACGAGACAGAUUCCGAGGACGAGUUCGUCCGCGGCUUCGGGAAGUGCGCGCGACAAUGGGCGGUGGGCUCGCAGCCCCGCCGGUGCGCGCAAGCUUAGGAGGCGCGAGCGCGGCGGAAGCCGAGCGGCCUCGUCCAGGCAUCACACGGAUGAGCCUCCCACGUGCCUCGUUGGACGCGGCAUGAAGGGCGGGCGCGUCCGCACUCGCCAGUUUUUCCCCCUCCAUAUGGGCUCGCGGCGGCGCUUACUUCGGGCUGCGCUUGGCGGCAUUUGCCGCUCUGCUGUGAUAUAGUGCAGCGCGUUGCUGCUUCUGCAUGACAGGGUGUGCAUAUUAUGAUACGGUCAAAUCGGCCGAGCUGCAUGAAUCAGUCUGGGAUCGUCAGGGCGGUCCUAAUGUGGGCCACCCACCCCCCAGUUGUCCAGGCACGUCAGGAUAGGGUAGCCCGCCGAGGCCUUCGGGACUUCUCGUGCUGCCCCCCCAGCUUGCGCAAGGCGAAUCUUUGACUACUUAGCGGGGAAGGAGGAGC